AGUCAUCAUCAUUGAGUCGGUUGGGGAAGUGAGAGGAUGCGGGGGCGUUGGUAGGAGGGCCCGUCGACAGACAGCCAGGGUGGCGGGGUACGCGAGGCACGCCGUGUACGCGGGCGGCGCGAGCGCAUACCACGCGCGCACGCCCGCAGUACCGCUCAACGCAAAUGGGGAACCAAUCAAAUUACCGGAAAAUCUGGAGAGCCUGCCGCGCGCCGAGCACUUCGCAGCGCAACGCCACCGAUGGAACACCAACGAGGAAAUCGCCGCUAUCCUGAUAAGUUUCGAUAAACAUAGCGAAUGGCAGUCCAAGGAAGUAAAAAUACGGCCAAAAAGCGGCUCGAUGCUGCUGUACAGCCGGAAGAAGGUCAGAUACCGACGCGACGGCUACUGUUGGAAGAAGAGGAAAGACGGGAAGACCACCCGCGAAGACCACAUGAAGCUCAAGGUCCAGGGGACUGAGUGUAUUUACGGAUGCUACGUUCACUCCGCAAUCUUGCCUACCUUCCAUCGAAGAUGUUACUGGCUGUUGCAGAACCCCGACAUCGUGUUGGUGCAUUAUCUGAACGUCCCGUACCCUGAUGACAACAAGCUGGCGACAGUCGCGCCGAGCCUCGCGCUCUGGGCUGACAAGAAGGAAUGGACAAAAGAUGAGCUCGUCAGCCAGCUGAAGCCUAUGUUCUUCAGCGAAGACGAACCGGAUAUCAACAGCGAUUUGGAGAUAUCGGGCAAAAUGUUUCAGACGGCAGAAACAGUGGAGGCGAUUGUAGGCCAGCUUAUGGAGAAACAGCGAGCCGCCAGGGCCGCAGCGUUGGCAAGACAGUUGGAAUGUGGAUGCCCUGACUCUACCUGCCAGGACUCCAGGACUUGCGCGCAUCCUCUGCGACGCAACCAGGCAGUGAAACCCCCGGCCUCGGAUCAUCAUGUAUCAUCUACGACGGGACCGUCUCCAAGACCAGUAUCCCAUCCCCCUCGGCAGUACACCAGAGAUCACAGACCUACUCCUCAACCAGCAUCUCCGUUACUUCUAUCCCUGGGUCAGAUCCAGGGAGGCGGUGGCCUUUUAAUCCUGAAUGGGACGAGUAACACUACUCAACAACACUCUUCCUUAGUUUCUCCCUUAUCUGUCACGUCUUUCGUCUGCGAAGAGCCAAGAGAUAGGUACAGACAGCAAUAUAAACCGACUUUUGUGCUAAAAAGAGAAGUGCCGGACCAACCAACGUCCUGCAUUCGGAAUACCGAAUCUUUCGAAAUAGAACCACCAGAUGAUAAAUCAGAAUUGAUAUUCGAUAGGAAGAUAAAACUGGAGCCAAGGAGUCGAACCCAGGUGGUAGCUAGUGCCCCAUCGACCCCCUCCAGAUAUCCAGAUUUAAUUGACCGAGUAGAAAAUAAGGUUUUAACAGACAACUGUGAUGAUACUUUAGUGUUGCUAGGAACUGAUAGUAAUUUAGGUUCCAGCGGCUUUUUCGAUGAAACUCUGGAGUUAUCGCAUGAGGAUAUCCAGAAAACAUUAUCAGCUAAUAUGCCAACGUGUGAUUUAGAUAGAAAUGGCGUGCGAUCUACGGAUACUGCGAAUGUGAUGGUAUCGGGUAUAGAUACGAUGGACUUUAUAGAGAGUUGUGAAGCUGUAGCGUCUCCAACUCAAGUUGUGGAUGAUAAUGUAUUUGUUAAUUUAGACGCCUUUGAUAUGUUGGGUGAUUUUCCGGAACUAGAAGUUUUGGAUCCUAGUACAAUAUCUACCAAUCCUGUGGGAUUAUGCGGCAAAUCUUCACCAGCCGAAGAAGGAAGCGAGAAGAUGCAAAUGGACUGUGGAAGCGAGGGUGCUCUGAAUAUCACCGACUAUUCUCCAGAAUGGGCCUACCCUGAAGGUGGUGCAAAGGUCUUGGUGGCUGGACCUUGGGCGGAGACCUCUGAUCAAUACACAGUGCUAUUCGAUAACUUCCCCGUCCCAUCGGUGCUGGUGCAGAACGGGCUUUUGAGGUGUUAUUGCCCUGCCCACGAAGCUGGUCUGGCUGCAUUACAAGUUGCUCGAGGUGGUCGCGUGGUCUCAGACACUGUGGUGUUCGAGUAUAAAGCUGGUCCCACACCAACGCCCACGUCUCCCGCAUCAGCGCCACUACCGUCGCUGGACUUCAUCAGAUUCUCGCUGUUGCAACGGUUGCAGCGGUUACAUGGUAGAUUACAACUAAAGAAUGAACCGAUGGAAGAAAAUAAUCAGAUUGAAGACGUCCAACUGUACUCCAAUGCGAAAUUCGAAGAGCGCCUAGUCUCAUUUUGCAAAACCCUCAGCAACCGUUCAUCAGGAACUUCCGAGGGUUUCACCACAGAGCCUGGGGAAGACAACUCCACUAUCCUUCACUUGGCUGCCGCGUUAGGAUAUACCAAGCUCACAACAGUGUUAUUGAGAUGGAGGCAGGAUGACAACAGUCUUGCGCUGGAGAAGGAAGUCAACCUGGUGGCGAGAGAUGGUGAUAAUUGCACGCCUUUGAUGGUGGCGAGUGCAGCGGGCCACACAGAGACUGCAGUGGCCCUGGCGCGGUGGGGCGCCGGCACGGGCGCGGAGGCGGGCGCGCGCCGGGCUGCGUCGUGCGCGCGCCGCGCUGGACACGGCCGACUCGCCGCCGCGCUCGACCGCAUCCACCCGCCGCGCCAUAGUAACUCGGGGGAUGGUGUGUUCCUGAGACCGCAUAGCUUAUCACAAAAAGGCCGCGCCGGCAGCCUGGAGAGCAACCUGGUGAAGAGACCAUCCAUAGAUAGCGGAAUCAACAUGGCCGAUGCUUUCAGGUCCAGCCCCGCCAUGGACAAAAACGACAGCAACUCUUCGGCCAGAUGGGAAAGAAGUAUGUCAUUGCCCUUAGAUUCGGACACGUCGGAAGACAGUCUUGGAGAUUCGAAAACCGGCCGACGCAUGGACCUAGCUCUUUGGGAGCAGGAUGACAGGGUGUUCACGCUGGCCGAACAAAUCAUAGCGGCCAUGCCAGAAAGAAUAAAGAACGAGAGUUCCUCCUUGCUGUCUGGUUGCGGCUUAGACGGCGGCGGCAGUGGGGGGGAAGAUACCCUUAUGGUCCCUUUGCUUGACGAUGCCACCACUUUCAACACCGAGUUCAGUUUUGAGUUUUGUGAUAAUACCUACAGAUACUGCGGCGGUUCCACGCCUUGUUCUUCAGGCUCGGUGUCGCCCGGGUCUGCGUUGUCUCCACCUCCUCCGUCACCGCACGCCGCUCUUGCCAACCCGGCCCACUGCACCACCCCCUCAGCGACGCUGCAAGAGUUUCUCCAUACCACUACACAUUUUUCUAAUUUGACUUUGAACGAUCGCGAACAGCGCGAGUUGUACUCGGCGGCGAUAACAAUUCAGAAGGCUUACCGUCAGUAUCGCGGCCGACAGCUGCAGCGACGGGCUGCGGCCGCCGCCAUUACCAUACAGAACUGCUACAGGCGAUACAAGCAGUUCGCGUACCUGAAGCAGAUGCACGCGGCGGCGACCGUGAUCCAACGCGGGUACCGCUCCAUGCGAGCGCGCAGGAUGGCCGCCACCACCGUCAAGAGGACUUACUCCCAAAGGCGACAGAAUCAAGCAGCGAGGAAAAUACAACAGUUUAUGAGGCAGUCGAAGAUCAAGUUACAGAACGCACGAGCAGAAAGCGGGAGGGCGGUCCGGCUGUCCCAGGAUGUCCGCCGAAACUCGUUGCAGCGCAUCACCAAUACGCCGCCCACGGCCAAUAGGAUCGUUGAUUACUUAGCACCAGAAUCGCCAAUGAACGCCGAUGAAGAUCUGCUACUUGAGCUUUUGUUUAAAAUGUGAUCGGCUGUGCUUGCGGUCACACCUGGGUAUAUUUCUUUUAGACAUUAGUUAAGUUACGUUUAAUUGAUUCCAUCAUUAGUUUAAGUAGUCAUUGUUUGAGGAGUGCAUUUAUGAGAUUAAAUUGAAUUUUGGGGCGGGCGUUCAUGUUUCUUUAUUAACAGGCAGAGCAUCAAGCGUAUCUACGUCUACUGCCUCCGCAUUAUCAUACAAACAUAUAUCUGAUCGUACAUUUAAAUAUGCAGGUUUCUUCUAAGAGUUGUGAAAUAACACAGGCCUUGUCUAUUGAAAAAUUUUAAAUCACUUUCUUUUGAUGAAUACGUAUUUGUAUUAGAUUUUGUAAGUUUUGACUUUCAUGAUGUAAUUUAGUAUUUCGUUUUGGAAUUUUGUCCUUAGAAAUGACUUGUUCAGAGUUUCGAUUGGAGCGUUUGGUUUGUUUAAAACUCUUCAGGUCAUAGACAGGGUUAUAUUUAGUAUAAAUUUUAUCGUAUUUUAUAUUUUCAUAACGUAUUUUUGAGACGUUUGUUUAGGACAUUUAUUGGAAUCAUAUUUUUGAAAAAAUCUCUAAAUUGGAUGUAAAGUAAUUUACUCAGUGUCAUCAUGUAUCGGCUGAACAUUAUUCUGUGAGCAUUGAACAUGUCGGUGGACGUUUCAUCAGUUCGGCUAUAGGCGUCGCGUGGAUCGCGAGUGAGUACGUUUUCAAUUUUCUUUCCCUUUAGUGAUGUUAAAUAUUUUGCUUUACCAUUCGAGAUGAAGUCAAAACUUGAAUUCUAUAUUCUAUGAAUGAUUUCAGUGACGGAGUUUAAUAUAUGUAGGUUAAGUACAAAUUCAAAUUAUUGAAAUGCCACUGUUCUUAUAAUGUAGAUGCACCUAGCGUAUAACAAUAAACCCGACGAGCUGUGAGUAUUUUGAGAUUUUAUCGUGUUUAAGAAUUACAAACAAAUGAAUAAUUGUCACACAUGCCGUUAUUUUGACUAUUCAGUCGAAAAUAUUGAGUAGGUUUCGUUUCAGCCUAAUUAAAGGUUAAUUGUUUUAGUCUACGCAGUUAAUGCAGAGCCUUAGAGAUCAUCGAAAAUAAUUCGAGUUUUAGUAAUACGUUUGUUGUUUGAAAGACCUCGAUCCAUUCCUUUAUUUUUAAAGUUAUUUGGAAGUUUCGUUUGUGUGUUUGCGAUUACUGAUUAGUGAGGUUUUAAGUAUCCCCAGUUCCUACUCAAACCGAUACAUUCGUACUUAACGUAUGCCCAUCGAAUACCUUAAUUAGUUGUUUAGGUAGACCUUGAUUUAGAUCCUCGAUAAAGCUGAAUACCAUACUUUAUUAGCGUUCAUGAAAAAAAAAGGUUGUGCACCAUUUAUAAUAUAGAAGUAUAAAAAAAUACCUAAAUAUUCCCCUUUUUCUGAAUUCUCUGAUAUUUUAACGUAGUGAAAAAAAUAGUUAAUAGUUUAAGAUAGAUUAAUUAAUAGCUUAACCAUAAGACGACGAGCUGCCGUCGGAAAUAUUUUCGAUUCGUAUUUUUAUAAAGCAAAGUUACGAAUGAUUAUGAAUGCUUUGCUUGUGCAGGGCCUUCGAUCAAAUGUCUUCGGGAGUUUACUUUCAAACUGUAGUCGUUUAUAUUCCCUUAUCGAAUCAAACUUUCCAUGAAUUCAGUUCGAUUCGGAAUUUGUUUGAAGAGUUGAGAAUUCUUUUCUAUAUGUAUUAUGAUUUAGGUUUUCAUUGUUACAUUCCAAAUUUUAAUUAGAACUUCGAGAGGCCCGGUGUUGAAGUUAGUCGAUGGAAUCGAUCUGUUUGCAACAGGGUUAUCAGUAUUCUGGGCGUUGUUGUGAGCCGAUCCGAUGCGAGGGAUAUGAAAUGACACGCGACGAGGAUUGAGUGUAACCGUCCAAUUGAGGCGGCUUUUGCACCCUCCGGUGGUGGGAGUGCCACAAGCGAUUCAACUACCCUCCGACGAGAGAGGCUCGCUUGUAGCACGGCGCACCUAAGGGCGCGUAAUACAUGUAUAAUUGAUAUUUUUGGAUCGCUAAUUUUAAGAUGUUAUAUUUAUAUAUGUAUAUGUAGUCAUGGCGGACGCGGCAACAUUAUUUCGUGAACGUGUCCCGCCAAAAGUUUUGAUGUAUUCAUUUUCACAUAAACGUUAUCGUAUGAUUUUGUUUCAUUUCACAUUAUCUGUAUUGUUUUGAGUAAUGGAUAUAAAAUAGUUGGUUUAGCUAGUGGUCAUGCAUUAUCGGAUAGCGUGCACGUCCAGCUUCCGAAAGGGUCCGCGAGGCGGCGCGAGUGGUAAUGAAAAAUUAAUAUUUUACAGUAACGCGUAACCAAUGAAAGCAAUAAUAUUUUUGUGGUGAAACUCGGUUAAUAAAGAAUGUAUUUUACUACCCGCUCGGAUGUCACAAACAGUUAAUAUAAGGAUGCUUAUUAGUGCCGCCGUCGGUUGUGCUGCUUUCACAAGCUUUCACGUAAUGGAUAUAGAGUUCAAUUUGUUUUGUAUAGGCUUCCUGGUUUAAUGGAAAGGUUUUAUUGAUCUUUGCAUGAAGGAAUCGAUAGGUUGAAAGCGAACUGGCUUACUGAUUAUGGGUAUUGUGCAAAUAAAAUAACAGUAAUAAAAAUAAAUAGAAUUUUUUCCCCUAAAUAGAAAAUAGUUAAGUGCUGUGAUAAAUACGUAAUGAAUUUGCAUUUCUCUUGUUUAAGCGAUCAAUAAUUUUAUUACUAAUAAAUCGAUAUGAUUUAAAUUAAGUGUAAAUGACACUUUUAUUCAUUGUGAGAGGAUUUGUUCAAUUUGGCCCUAGGCUAAUGGGGAUAGUCGUUUUAUUUUUAAAUGUAGUUUGAAGUAGUUUUACGCCACUCGUAGAUAUUUAAAUAAAUACAUAAUAAUUGCCAACGUUAUAAAUAAUACCGUUAAAAUCAAGUAGCUUCUUGCUAUUAAUAAUAUAUUUUCGAAACGUUCCAUUUUUUAAAUCUUGAUAGAUUCGAUCAUAUUCAACUUGUUACUGAAAUAGCGUUUGAAUUAAUAGCAAUUAUAGCGUUUCCAAAUAUAUUUUCGUGAGUUACUAAUGCGUGCUAGAUUAAAAUUGUAGUUUAAUCGACGAUGAAUAAUAUAUUUUUAUGACCGUAACAGCAAUAGCUUUUUUCCAAAGAAGGACAUGAUAGUGAGACGGAAUAGACAAGUUUUUUUUUCUAUUGAAAGCAGCGCAGCCACGUCGAGGCUUAGUAACUGACCACAGCUAAAAGGUAGUGCACUAGAAGUAGGUAUAUAGUUAGAUAAAUUACAAUUAUUAUAUUAUGAAAAAUAAAUUAACAAAAAAAAAUCUUGAAAUCUAUACAUAGAAUUUAAAACUAUAAAGUCUACUAAUACUUUUUAUUAAUUAUAUUGUAAGAAGCUUGUUCACACAUUUUAACUUCAUAUUUAGUAAGUAUUUGUAAGACUAAAACGAUAGACAAAAUGUUGUUAAAUCGGUAAAGGAAGCGAAUUAGUGAGAAACUAGACGGGGUUAUUUUAUUUUUUCGGGUGGGCUGAGCGCGUUCUGUGAAAUAUGCCAAAGGCAAAUUCUUUUUAAACAAUGUGAUAAAAAUAUGGCAAAAGCGUUGGUUUUAAGCAUUUUUAAUGAUUUUUAGGAUAGUAUACGAUUCGUUGUUUAAAUUUGCUAUAGCUUGCUUGUAACAAAAUGUAGCUGUUUAUCGUUAGUUUUAACCCCACGCGCUUGUGAUGCGUUAUUCAACGCGUUAUUAUCAACAACCGUUAUUUCGCGGCUAGGGGCGAACUAAUUUUAAACGACUAUAGGACGACAAAUGAAGUUAUUUUUUAACAAAUGAGCCUGCCUAAAGUAUAUUGCAUAUCACUUAGACUACUAUAAACAUACUUAUUGAAGUUUUUAGACACUUGCGUCAUGAUAUUAAUUCUUUAUCAUUUCUUAUGAAUGCUAGACAAUUAGACAUUGAUUUUCAUAUUUUUGUAGCAGCUAAACACAAUUUUCUAUAGAGAUGUAACGGUUAGCUAAAAUGUAACGGUUGUUAAAACGUUAUUAACCGUAAAGCGGUAUUUAAAGUCGUUAUUUCUUAAAAUACGAUAUCGUUGCAACUCUAUACGUUUUUCAUUACUAGCUAUUAGCGAUAUUAGUAUUAUUGCUUUAAAUUAAAAAAAAUAUUUUAGCGUAAAAUUUGAUAGCGAAUUUUAUCAAAUUGUUUUUUUUUUUAUAACGGUUUGUCGGAAGCGGUGAAUAGCGGUUAUUGAUUUAUUUUUAAAUAACUUAAGUAUUGUUAUUAACUGCCAGAUUGAAGGUUUCUAAAACACCAAAUAAGGAUAAGGUGUGAUUAUAUGUCCAGUGCAUCGAAUCUCUUCUGUUGAGAGUUAUUUUGGACGUCAACUGUUUGCAAUAAUACGUGCAAUAUUAUAAUAAGCUGUUUUAUUUAAUCAAUGUAAAUUAAGUUUAAGCUCGUGCGAAUUAGAAUCUAUAAUUGAUUGGGAACAGUUCCCGUCAUUGGUUCUAGAUUCAGAGCUUCUCUUGACUUUAUGCUUGUGUAUUGCGGAUUUCAGUGUCGAUGUAACUUUUAGAUAUAUUUUAUAGAAAUUUACUUUUUGUAAUAAUAUUAUGUUAGUAAAUUAUUUUAAUGUAAGUGGGUGUUGACAUUGUUUGUAUAUUCGUUUUUAGGUUGUACCGAUUUAUUUAAACAGUGUAAAUAAAAUGAUGUUCCUAACAAUUUUAAUAUAUAUGCACCUUUAAUUUUGUUAUAUAUCAGAAAGUUACCAAAUAUGUACCUCUUAUGGGAGAUAUUAUUUUCAUUUGUUUUAUGAUAUAUGUAAAUUAUGCAAGGACAUGUGAGCGUGUCAAAUGACGAGUUUACUGGUUAAGUGUACUUUGGACAAAAAAUCUUCCUUUGUAAUUAUUAAUCUAUGGACACUACAAAAUUGUGAUUCAAAGCAAUUUAAAAUAUUACUGCUGAUUAUAAAU